GGCCUGAUUUCUGGUUAGCCCCUCGCUCACCUGCCUCAGCUGGGCUUUGGAGCUCGUACUUAGGUGCAGCCAGGAAGGUGGUAGUCAGGGCCUGGCGGCUGCAGGGGCUUUUAACAGGGCACCAGCAUCGCUUUAGGCAGGAGGCUCAUUGCAGUGUCAGUGUGUUACCUAAUGUCAAGCAGCCUGGAUUCUAUUUCUGACUUGGCUACUGACUUGGGUGUCAUUCAAAUAAAAAGCCAAGGAGUUUGACAAAGGGAGUGUUCUCACUAGUUUGGAUUCUGAACAUUAACCCGAACAGCUACAGUGUAAGAACUAUACUAGGAGACAAGGGAUGCAACCAACUCCCAGAGCUACUUAGAAACCUUUGACGUCUCUUUCCUAACAGAUCAGCUGGAGGAAUCUCUAGAACUUGCCUGCUAGUGACAUUGUAACUUAGUAACAUUUUACAUUACAAACCAUGCCAGCUCGCUGCGUAGUGGCCAGGUGUUCCAACACCACCCAAGAUGGUGUAUCUUUGUUCAAAUUUCCAAAAGACCCUCACGUUAGGAGCCUUUGGGACAGAUUUGUUCGGAUGAAGAGAGCAGACUGGAGAGGGGGACAUGACCGCUCACUGAUCUGCUCUGCGCACUUCACGGACGAGUGCUUUGACAUUUCAAGCGUGACGCAAAAAAAAUUAGAAUUUGGAAAGCGGUUGCUUCUAACCAAAACAGCAGUUCCGACUCUGAACGUCUGCCCGAGCGCGAACGGGAACCCACAGUCCCCAUCACAACCAAAAGGAAGAGGAACCUUCCGGAAAAAAAUCAUCCAAGAGGCUGAUGAAUGGGAGGUGGAACCACGGCCCCUGGCCAUCUUACAGCCACUGGUCCUCCCUGAGCAAAUGUCUGAACAAGAAACAUCACCUCCAAGUGCAGAGGCUUCCCUUCAGACUGUAUUAGCUGCCAUCCAAGCUGUUGAGAGGAAAUUAGAUUCUCACGCCACAAGGUUGCUGGGUCUGGAAGGGAGAAUGUGGAUGGCUGAAAAAAAACUAAUAGGCUGUGAGAAAACUGUCGUGGAGUUUGGGAACCAGCUGGAGAGUAAAUGGGCUGUGCUGGGAACUCUGAUCCAGGAGUACGGGCUGCUGCAGAGGAGGCUGGAGAACAUGGAGAACCUGCUGAAGAACAGGAACUUCUGGAUCCUGAGACUCCCCCCAGGCACUAAUGGGGAGGUCCCCAAGGUGCCGGUGACAUUUGAUGACAUCUCGGUCUAUUUCAACGAGCAGGAAUGGAAAAGCUUGAAUGAAUGGCAGAAGGAGCUUUACAAAAACACGAUGAAGGGGAAUUAUGAGACCCUGAUCUCACUGGACUAUGCUGUUUCUAAGCCAGACGUUUUAUCGCGCAUUGAGCGAGGGGAGGAGCCGUGUGUUGGGGAUCAGUGGGAAUCUCUGGAAGGAUUGGAGGGAAGAGUCCAGAAGAAGGAAGGGCUGGUGGAAAGAGAAAUGCCUGUGGACCCCAGCGCAGGCCAUGCCAUUUCCAACCCUGACAUCCUGCCCUGGGCUGAAGGAGGGGAGGAGCCGUGUAUCGCGGUCCAGGGGGGUUCGGCGGACAGAGAAAUUCCCCUGGAGCCCAGCACAGUUUCCAUAUUUGCCCCUUUACCCUGGAUCAAACAAGAGGAAGAACCAUAUGUUGGGGACCAUCAGGAAUUGGGGGAAGGAAGAAUUCUCACAGGCUUCAACAUGGCAAAUGAUGGGACAGCAAGCAAAGAGGAGGAGAAGCUCCAGGAAGGAUGUCUGGAAAAGUUAGAACCACAAGCGGAGGUUUUGCAGAGCCUACAGCAGGGAGUGGCUGCACAGCUGUCUAACCCUGCAGUCAUCAGAAUGGAGCAAUCAACCCAGUGUGGCCGAGACUUCAGCCUGCUCAAGGGCUUCGUAGUGCAGCCGGGGGAGAAGCCCUUUGCCUGCAGUGAAUGCGGGAAAAGCUUCCGGCUGAAGGGGAAUUUGGUCAAGCAUCUGCGGAGCCACGCCAAGGUGCGGCCCUACAAGUGCACCGAGUGCGAGAAGAGCUUCAACUGCCAGUCAGACCUGCUGCGACACCAGAUGAUUCACCGUGGGGAGAAGCCCUACAAGUGCAGCGAGUGCGAGAAGAGCUACAGCCGCAAGGUGUAUCUGCUUAACCACCAGCGUGUGCACACAGGGGAGCGGCCCUUCCAGUGCACGGUGUGCGAGAAAAGCUUCCGGCAGAAGGCCGUGCUCAACUCGCACCAGCGCCUGCACACAGGCGAGCGCCCCUACAAGUGCACCCAGUGCGACAACAGCUUCAGCGAGAAGUCCAAGCUCAACAACCACUACCGCAUCCACACGGGAGAGUGGCCUUACAAGUGCACCAAGUGUGACAAGAGCUACAGCCGCAAGGUGUACCUGCUCAACCACCAGCGCCUGCACACCGGCGAGCGGCCCUUCCAGUGCACUGAGUGCAGCAAGAGCUUCAUGCUCAGGACGAGCUUCAUGAAGCACCAAAGAAAUCACGUGGAAGAGAGACCCCACCAGGACGGCCCGGCUGCUAAAAGCCACGUUGGGUCUGUCGAUCAUCAGGGUAAUGACCCGGGAGAAGGGCUGAAAUGCCACAUUGAGUGUGGAAAAAGCUUCACGGGGAAGCCUGAGCUAGAGACGCACCAGCAGGUCCAUGUCAGGGAGUGGCCACAUCAGUGUGGCACAUGUGAGAAAAGCUUCCGAUACGAGGAAUCUCUGACAGAACAUCUGAGUCUCCACAGCACAGAGCAAGGGCAUCCAGAGGUUUCUCGGAGCGCCGGCCAGGGAGCAGAGGCCGGACUCCUGGUUGGCAAGUGCCCUGCCCCACCCCUGGCCAUCGCAGCCUCUGUCUGGCGGGGCCGCCCGUGCUCUGAGGACACGGGGAUGGGCGGUCCCGGGGCGGAGCCUGUUCUCGCCCGGUACGGCGGGAAAGGGAGGCGAUUCCGGCCGCCAGGGGCCGCUGCGCCGCUCGCCGCCGCCCGCCGCUCCCGCCCCGCAGCCAGCCGGCUCCUCUCCUCCGUUGCGCUCGCUCUGCUCCGCGCACGGGAUCUCCAGCCCGAGCGGGAGCGGAGCUCGGCCGGGCGGCCCGCUGGAGAAGCCCGCGCAGCGCCCGGGGGGCCAUGCCGAGCGGGCGCUGCCCAGGCUCCUGCUGUCCCUGAACACACUCCUGUGAGUGAAGCCCAUCAUCACACUACAGAGAUCUCCUUGUGGACAGUAGUGGCUGCCAUCCAAGCCGUGGAGAGGAAGGUGAAUUCCCACGCCACACGAUUACUGAAUCUGGAGGGGAGAACAGGGACAACCGAGAAGAAGUUAACAGACUGUGAGAGAACAGCGAUGGAAUUUGGUAACCAGCUGGAGAGUAAAUGGACUAUUUUGGGAACUCUGAUGCAGGAGAAUAACUUCCUGCAGAGGAGGCUGGAGAACAUGGAGAACCUGCUGAGAAACAGGAACUUCUGGAUCCUGAGACUCCCCCCAGGCACUAAGGGAGAAGUCCCCAAGGUGCCGGUGACAUUUGAUGACAUCUCCGUCUAUUUCAAAGAGCAGGAGUGGGGGAGCUUAGACGAAUGGCAGAAAGAGCUUUACAAGAAUGUGAUGAAGGGGAACUAUGAGACCCUGAUCUCUCUGGACUACGCUGUUUCUAAGCCAGACGUUUUAUCGCGCAUUGAGCGAGGGGAGGAGCCGUGUGUUGGGGAUCAGUGGGAAUCUCUGGAAGGAUUGGAGGGAAGAGUCCAGAAGAAGGAAGGGCUGGUGGAAAGAGAAAUGCCUGUGGACCCCAGCGCAGGCCAUGCCAUUUCCAACCCUGACAUCCUGCCCUGGGCUGAAGUAGGGGAGGAGCCGUGUAUCAAGGCCCAGGAGCGAUUGGCAGACAGAGAAAUUCCCCUGGAGCCCAGCACAGUUUCCAUAUUUGCCCCUUUACCCUGGAUCAAACAAGAGGAAGAACCAUAUGUUGGGGUCCAUCAGGAAUUGGGGGAAGGAAGAAUUCUCACAGGCUCCAGCAUGGCAGAUGAUGGGACAGCGAGCAAAGAGAAGGAGAAGUCCCGGAAGGGAUGUCUGGAGAAGCUGGAGCCGCAAGGGAUGUCAUCGGUGAAAUCAGAAGAGGAGGUUUUGCAGAGCCUACCGCAGGGAGCGGCUGCACAGCUAGCUAGCCCUGCAGUGAUCAGAGUGGAGAAAUCCACCCAGUGCGACCGAGACUUCGGCCUGCUCAAGGGCUUUGUGGUGCAGCCGGGAGAGAAGCCCUUUGCCUGCAGUGAAUGCGGGAAAAGCUUCCGGCUGAAGGGGAAUUUUGUCAAGCACCUGCGGAGCCACGCCAAAGUGCGGCCCUACAAGUGCACCGAGUGCGAGAAGAGCUUCAACUGCCAGUCGGAGCUGCUGCGACACCAGAUGAUUCACCGUGGGGAGAAGCCCUACAAGUGCAGCGAGUGCGAGAAGAGCUACAGCCGCAAGGUGUAUCUGCUCAACCACCAGCGUGUGCACACAGGGGAGCGGCCCUUCCAGUGCACGGUGUGCGAGAAAAGCUUCCGGCAGAAGGCCGUGCUCAUCUCGCACCAGCGCCUCCACACUGGUGAGCGCCCCUACAAGUGCACCGAGUGCGAGAAGAGCUACUGCCGCAAGGAGUAUCUGCUCAACCACCAGCGCCUGCACACCGGCGAGCGGCCCUUCCAGUGCACUGAGUGCAGCAAGAGCUUCAUGCUCAAGAGGAGCUUCAUGAAGCACCAAAGAAAUCACGUGGAAGAGAGACCCCACCAGGACGGCCCGGCUGCUAAAAGUCAUGGUGAGUCUGUCGUCCAUCAGGGUAAUGACCCGGGAGAAGGGCUGAAACGCCACACUGAGUGUGGGAAAAGCUUCAAGGGGAAGCCUGAGCUAGAGACGCACCAGCAAGUCCAUGUCAGGGAGUGGCCGCAUCAGUGUGGCACAUGUGAGAAAAGCUUCCAAUACGAGGAAUCUCUGACAGAACAUGAGAGUCUCCACAGCACAGAGCAAGGGCAUCCAGAGGUUUCUCAGAGCCCCGGCCAGGGAGCAGAGGCCGGACUCCUGGUUGUAAAGACGGAAGAUACGUGGUGGCCCGAGCAGGGGAAGCCUCGGGCCCCGGGACUUCUCCGGAGCCGGGCGGACGCCCGCCGCAAGCCGGGCCGGACGCCCGGGCGAGGCGCCGGGCGCCUGCCCCGGCCCGAGCAGGGUCGGCGAGACCCUGGCCCGGCGCCGGGGGGUGUGAGCCCUGCGGGACCCGGCAUCGCCCCCUUGGGGUGUUUUCCUCCUGCUGCCUCGGGAUCCGCCUCCGGCCCCAGCUUCCCUCCCUCGCCUGGAGUAGAGCAGGCUCUGGCCACCCCACGGCCCGUGUCUGUGCAGCCCCUCCCCGCUUCUGAAGGGACCCCCCGGAGAGAGAGCCAGCUGGGCACAGCAGCGAUUCCCCUCACUGUCCUGGCUGCCAUCCAAGCCCUGGAGAGGAGGGUGGACUCUAACGCCACCCGGUUACUGAGUCUGGAGGGGAGAACAGGGAUGUCCCAGAAGAAACUAUUAGACUGUGAGAAGACAGUGGUGGAGUUCGGGAGCCAGCUGGAGAGUAAGUUGGCCACGCUGGGAACUCUGAUCCAGGAGUACGGGCUGCUGCAGAGGAGGCUGGAGAACAUGGAGAACCUGCUGAAGAACAGGAACUUCUGGAUCCUGAGGCUCCCCCCAGGGACUAAGGGGGAAGUCCCCAAGGUCCCGGUUAUGUCUGAAGACAUCUCAGUCCACUUCUCCAGGGAGGAGUGGGAGAAUUUAGAAGAAUGGCAGAAGGAGCUUUACAAGAACUUGAUGAAAGACAGCUAUGACUCUUUGAUCUCCCUGGACUGUACCAUCUCCAAACCUGACGUUCUAUCACCGAAUGAGCAGGAGGAAGAACCAGGUGUCGAGGUGCAGGGAGAUCUGGAGGAGAGAGGAACUCCUAUGGAUCCCAGCAGUGGUUCUCCAGUUUCGACACCUGACGUUUUAUCCCAGGUUAAAAAAGAGGAGGGAUCGUGCAGCAGAGAUCAGCAAGAAUUGGAAGAGAGAGAAAUCCCUGCGGAUUGCAGCCUGUCAGGUGAUGGGCUUGUGAUCAAAACGGAGGAGGGGCCUGACAGGGAAGGCCACAACAGCCCACAGCCACCUGGAGUGCAACUGGGGACAUGCAGAGAGAGCGAGGGGCAGGCUCCCGAGUGGGGAGCACCCUGUGAGAGUCUGCCUGGCCCGGUGAUGCAUCUGAGGAGCGACCUGGGGCAGCCCAAUGAAUGCAGGGGGGGCCGGAAUGAAAUUGCUGAGCCCCAGGGCGGCGGUGCCGGCGCCGUCCCCCGGCUCAGCCAGCCUGCGGAGAGGCCCUUUCAUUGCCUGCAGUGUGGCAAGAGCUUCACCCGGAAAGACACCCUGCUGUGCCACCAGCGCACCCACACAGGGGAGCGGCCCUACGCCUGCGCCCAGUGUGGCAAGACCUUUGCACAGCAGUCCAAACUCAGCAGCCACCGCCGCACCCACACGGGCGAGCGCCCCUACGCCUGCACCCAGUGCGCCAAGACCUUUGGCCGCAAGGAGCACUACACCCAGCACCAGAGGACCCACACGGAGGAGCGACCCUUCAUCUGCAGCCAGUGUGGGAAGAGCUUCCGCAGGUACUUCAACCUGACGGUGCACCAGCGCACCCACACCGGGGAGCGCCCCUACCCGUGUGCCCAGUGUGGCCGCCGCUUCAGCCGCAAGGAGCACUUCCUGCUGCACCAGCGCAUCCACACCGGAGAGCGCCCCUACCAGUGCAGCCAGUGCAACAAAAGCUUCAUCCACCAGUCACGGCUCAACUACCACGCCCGCAUCCACUCGGGGGAGCGCCCCUACGCCUGCGCCCAAUGUGCCAAGCGCUUUGCUGAACCCUCCAAGCUGGCGGUGCAUUACCGAGUUCACACCGGUGAGCAGCCCUACUCCUGCCUCCAGUGUGGCAAGAGCUUCGGCCUGAAGAAAAGCCUCGUCGUCCACCAGCGGAGCCAUACCCCGGAGCGGCCCUACCAGUGCUCCGAAUGCGGUAUCCACUUCAUCUGCCAGUCCUACCUCAUCCGGCACCGGCUGGUCCACACCAGGGAGCGCCCCUACAAAUGCACCGAGUGCGGCAAAAGCUACAGCCGCAAGGAGCACCUGCAGAACCAUCGGCGUAUCCACACGGGGGAGCGGCCCUUCCAGUGCACCGCUUGCGGGAAGAGCUUCAUCCAGAAACAUCACCUCCUGAAGCACCAGCGCAUCCACACCGGGGAGCGCCCCUACCAGUGCGGGGAGUGCGGGAGGAGCUUCCGCUGCAAGGAGUCCCUGAAGGAUCACGCCAGGGUUCAUGGCACAGAGCUGGGUCACCUGCAAGCUGCGCCCAAUCCCAGGCAGGUAUUGAAGAUGGGCACCGUGGGGUGAGAAUAAACGCUGGUGCUGAUGGCAUCCCAGUGAACAGGCAUUGAGAACAGCAACACGGUAAUGCAACAGGAAAUGGACAAGCCCCAGACACCUGUCUGUCCUUACGCCCCAGGGGAAAUUGCACAGUCCAUGAGAACCUGUGCGCACUCCCGCCUGUCACAGCCGUGCAGCCUGACAAAGAGCACUAGCUAUGUGGGUGUGGGGGAAUGUGGCAGCAUCUUUAAACCAAAAAGCAAGAGCAAUUUACCCACAGGCUGUUUGUGCAGAGGAAGUAUCGGCCAAGGGAAUGUGGGCUGCCAGUCUCCUUUUUUGAUACAGGAAAACAACAACUCUUGCUUUACGUUUAUAGUUGCACCACCAGUAUCUGAGUUAGAAUUGGGGGCCACAGCGUGAAAGCCACAUCCCUAAACAUAACCAUGCGGUGGGGUGAGGGAAACGGCUGUGGGGCAUGAGGAAGACAUGCUGAAGGGAAGAGAAACUGAGGCACUCACCGAAUGAGUGGGGCCAAGUGAAUCAGUAAAUGGUGGUGUAAGUUGUAUGUUCUAGGCUGGUGAGCCCGUGAGUUGCUUGAGAGAGAUGAUAAGAUGCAGCAGUCAGAGGUUAGCAAAUGGGGGUAACUGGCAAAAUGGUGUCCUUGGCAAGUAAUUUGGGGGUUUCCCCUGCAAUACAGCCUGAGUGGAGAUCUUGGCAGGUAAAAACCCUUUCAAGUUACCUUUUAAAAAAUGUGCCUGGCCAUGUGUUCUCUUAAUGGGCUGGGAUCUCAAACCCUGUUGUUUUUAUUUAAUAAUAAUAAUUAAUAAUGUAAUACAUUUAAAUUGGGAAACACCCCUAAUCACAGCCAGAAAAUGGCUGCCUGAGCUCCCAGCCUGUCUAUGGAGAAAGCUGUAUAUCAAACAAGAAUAAGGUUUGACAUUUGUACUAGCAUGAAAGGCAAAAACAAC